UGCCAUGUCUAUGGCGGUGUUAAAGAAAAUCUCGAGAACAAAACAAACUAAUAAAUGACCAAGUGACGGUAGUGACCGAUACACGAAUGUGUUUUAAUGGGAAUUAUAUUUUAGAUUCGUCAGGCAGUUAAAAAUGCAACUGUUUUCAUAAAAAUGCCAACGUUCACCGCUUCACAUGAAGGGAAGGGAUUGACGAAAGAGGGAACGCUCUUGUCCGAUGAUCUAACUACUGGUGUAAUAAAGGAGGCAAGAAGGUUAUUGACCAUCAUUUCGCAACACCCACGUAUUAGAGUCAAUAAAUAUCAUUUGCCGUGCAUUGGACGCGGCAGUAUCUAAAACGGCAUGAUUCAGCGUUGUCAAGUUUUAGCGUUCCCUCCACCUGCGUACUGAAUUCAAAGUAUUCAAAGUCUACAUAUUAUUCAAAUAACGCUACUUGUAAUUGAUAUCGGCAACCAGAAGCACUUUUUAAACGUAUAAGUGGCGGAAAAGGUGUGCUGAAAGACGUUUCCACGUGGUGAACAGAAUUCCAAAGUACUCAUCAUCAUAAUUGUCUAUUUGCACAGCUUGGGGUGCCCUGACAAUACCAGAUGACUCGACGCACUUGUUCACGAUUAGGAGGGAGCAUUGUGGUGUUUCUUGCCGUUGUUACCCUACCGCGUAUCGGGGCAGCUCCCCGUGACAUCACAUCUUCAUGCAUCGGUUGCAGCAGCGGCACCCGUCGGCAAGACGCGGGACCCACAUCAAGGAGAAAUCCCUUAUCAUCGAUGUCCGUUUUACCCCCAUCAGCCUCGACAUCGUCAUCGGUGUCGUAUUCGUCGUCGACGGCGCUGCUGUCAACGACGGUCCUUUCGCCACCAGCAGCCAACAGCGUGGCGGGGGAGAAUGUCGGCGAGCCCGCUACCAACGGCCCCGAUCAAGCAUUACUACGGGAAGAACAAAUCAAUUUGGUGCGAGACGAGAUCCUUAAGAAGCUUCACAUGGUGAGGCCUCCGACUCCUGAGGAAGUCGCCAAUGCUAACAUUUCAGAGGAACGCAUGCAAGAAAUGUAUCGUCUUUACUAUCAGUCGGUACAAGAGUCCAACUCAGCGGCAAGUCAAUCGACAGACGAGCACCAUUCGUCGGCAUAUCGAGACGAGGUACACAGCUUUAGAAGUACAGAUGGUCCUCCGAGCAACAUAACCUUUUGGGACUGGUUUUCCCCGCGAAAACUCCGUAUCUUUCUGCCUGUCCAGUUUCCACAAGACAAACCUCGAACUGUUCACAACGCAACAUUGCAUCUUUUCGUUACGCCACCCGGUAUAACUGGCGAGGAGACCACGACUGUUGUCCGCAUAUACCAGCUUCUUGCACCUACCAGGACAGGCGUCCGCACGCCUCGGAGGUUUGUUACCAGCAAGGAAGUCUCGCUCACGGAUUCGAACUGGGUUUCGUUUACGAUCAGCGAGGCCGUUGCGAUGUGGGUGUCGGACCCGACGACGAACCAUGGAUUAGAAUUGGAAUGUGAUUUGGUUCUCACGACUCAUCUUUUUGUAAGCGGAUAUUCGAGUGGUCGUGUUCCAGCUCAUCGAACGAACCACGAGGACCUGCGACCACGCGUCGACAUCAUCAUACGGGAAGGACGAGAGGCAACACUCCGGCGACGACGCCGGUCUCAUCGGCAGAGCGAGCUAGACGAUGCGCAACCGAAGUGUGGUCAGUACCAGCAGAGCGACGAGUGCUGCAGGAGACGCAACCUGACGAUAUCCUUCAGGGAACUUAGGUUUAACUGGAUACUGGCGCCGUUGGAAUACAACGCGCAUUUCUGUGCCGGAGCAUGCACAGACUUUUACAAUUUGGCGGACACAAACGCCCUCAUCCGUACCGUGAUACGGUUAGAGUCCCAAAGAUCCUUGCCACGGCCAUGUUGCACGCCUUCGAAACUGGGUCCCCUUCCAGUAUUGUACCUCCAUCAAUUGGAUUUUAAUAAAACGGAACCGAGGCUGUACGCGUUACCAGAUAUGGUGAUUGAUAGCUGCGGCUGCUCAUGACACAACCCUUUUCAGCGAACUAUUCGUAAAUGCAAUGUGCGUUUACUAACUUAUUCAUAGUAUAUUGCCAUCAGCUAUUUAUUUAUAUUUAAACAAAAGUUUAGGUGUACAAAAUUAUUAGGUAAUUUUAAUUUAAUUAAUCUAAGUAAUCCACAAUUUAUGCUGGAUCAUAGAACUAAGAUAUAAACAUUGAUGCAAACUUGAUUUAAUCAAUGUUUAAUGUAUGUUAAGAAAAGUUUGUAUUUUGUCUAUAAAACUGCAAGACUAGUGAACCUUGGCAUGUUAAGGGGUAGACCUAUGAAGCUAUGUUCUGAUGUUUUAUUUUUAGUCUUUAGAUUUGUGUGCAACAAAAUGUUGGACAUUGACCAAGUUACAAAAGGGCCUCUCAAUUUCAUGAAUAUAAAAUGAUCUGAAUUGGCCGCGAUAUCUUUCUAUUGCAUUAUCUGUUACUGUGUGGGGCACUCACCACGCCACUCUGUAGAUGCAGAGUGGGAAAAGCCAGUAGACCGACCACAAACGAGACCGAUGUUUUCCAUGUACUUGCUACAUCCCUUUUGCUACCACCCUUUUGCUACCACCCAAUCAACGCUGCCACAAUUAUCAAUGCGGAAUACUUCUGCUGCUGCUGCUACAACUGACGCCGUAGUAAUUACCACUUCUACUACUCCCACUACUACGGUAUCUACUACUACUUCUAAUACUGCUGCUAUACUGUUACUACUACUAUGCUAGUAUUACUUCUACUGAAAUUACUACCGUUAUUGCUACCACCAAUACUGAUAUUAUACAAGUAUUAAAACUACUACCACUGUAACUAAUGCUAAUGCUACUUAUACACUAUUGCUAAACUACUCUUAUUCCUUCGCCUACUACUACUACUUACUACUACUACU